AUGCGACCUCCACAUGACCAUGCGAGGCGUCAUGCGGAUGCGAGGCGUAACGUCGACCGGCCCUUUAAUGCUAACCCCGAUCUCUACAGGGCUUCGAGAUAUUCCUCGAGGUAUGACGGGGAUCGUCGCUCCAGAUCGCCUCGCGACCGCUCGCCUGAUCGCUACGAACGCGCUUCGCAGUACAGUGAUGGCGACCGCCGUCGCUCCUCCGCCGAAGCACGUUCAAAUACUUCGGCAUUUCAAAACAAUAGAGAUUCAUUUCGCGAUAAUCUGUCCCGCGAGCCCCCACGCGGCCCCAAAGCACUCUUAGAUCCCCCAAGCGGCCCCAGAGGUGGCGGCUAUGCGGGUGAAUUUAGCAGGGGAAGAGGUCGAGGUCGAGGCCGAGGCUGGUCUCGGGACGACAGCAGAGACCGCGGACGAGACCGCGACAUUGAUUUUAGAGAUCGACGCGAUGGCCCUUACAGAGAUGAAAGAAGUCGCGAACGUGAACGGGACAGGGAUUGGAGAGACCGAGAAGGUUAUCGAGGACGGCCUCGAUCGCCAGGCAGAGGCCGCUCGCCGCCACCGCGGGAUUUCCGUGAUAGGGAUCCUCCCCUAGGCGUCGACGCCGAAAGAUCUAGACGGGGUUCAAGGGACGGAGGUCCACCUUCAGCUGGCUCAUCCAAUUCCGAUCCUCCAUAUGCUAUGUCUCGCGGCGGCUUCAGAGGAGGCAGAGAUCGAGGACGUGGUGGCUGGGGCGACAGAGGCAGAGGUCGAGGGGGUUUUUAUGACGACCGGGACCGCGAUCGCUUUGGACCCCGCAGCCGCUCCCAGGAGGGGCGUUGGGGCCGUGACCGAGACGAACGUGACCGCGGUGACCGAUGGAUUGACACCGACUCUCGCCGGGAUCCCCGCGACGACCGCGACGCUCGUGAUCGCGAGCUGCUAAGGCCCAAAGUCGACCGAGACCGAGACCGCGGCGCGUCUUUACAGGCACCAUCUCCGAACACAAAAGAUAUUUCGCCGCCACCCCUGGCACCAUCGGCACCUGCAUUUGGUACGGUUCCCAGUAGAAAUGUAGGCGCCGCCGACGGAUCGCCCAUCAUCGGAGGUACCGGCAAGCUCCCGCCGACGGCCCCCAGGGCAUUCAACUCCGAGCGGCCUGUUUCUGCUGGCCAUGCCGGUGGCAGCGAUUUCCCAGCACCACCACCAACAGGACCGGCAAAACUAAAUCUCCCAGAGGGCAGCCCGCCCAUUCCCUCAGGCCCCCGAGCCCAGCAACAAAAGCAGCAGAGGCCGUCCAGUAAACAAUGGAUCAAUCCUGCUUUGGCGGGUAAAAAGAUACCCGAGUCGCCCAAGAUUAUGAGGUCUCAAAGCUUCGCCCAACAGCAAAGACCGGUCCCUUUCAGACAUGACAGUGUCCCGGCAGACCAAGGCGAUUAUGAAAGGCGUCCUCGCAGUAGCGACGCGAAGGCCGACUCACAUGCUUCAACGACAGAAGGAUCAGUCAAGUCGCUGAAUCUCCCGGAGCCUGGCGAAAUCAUCAUCAAAUCUGAGAGAGACAGCUACUCGGCCAGAGCGUCGAUGGAUCGGGAUGUAGAACAACCAGACGUUUCAAGAGACACAGUCAUGACGGGUACCGAUGCGCACGGACACGACGACUACCGACCCCCCUCGAGAAAUGAAGAAAAACCCAGCUUCUCCGACAGACCAGCCAUUGAGGACGAUUUGGUGGAAAAGGACGAGAAGUCGUCUAAGCCCGUGAAGGAAAGUCGCAUGUCUGUACCAAAAGUACGAUUUGUUUUGCCUCCACAAGAGCCUUCAGCACCUGUAUCAGAACAGACAUCCGAGUCCGACGAUGAUGAAGAUUACGGAGAGUAUUUCGCCAACGAGAUUGCUAAAGAAGAGGCCGAACUGCAAAAGUUACGGCAGGCAGCCGAUGAUGCACCGGACCGAAUUACUGUUCGAUACGCAUCGGUUUCACACGAGGCAAUGGCAUCUAUUGUGAUGGAAUCAGAAGGCCUUGUUGACCUGCUUGGGCCAAUUCCUGAAAUCGUCCCACCUCCCAAGGAAACAUCGCCAGCGAAAUCGCCAGUAACGGAAAGGCGUGAGAAGACACCCAAGAUCCCAAGUCCUGUCAUUCAGACCAAAGUAUCACCAAAGGACAACAUCGCGGAUCCAGUACCAGCACCCAUUCCAGAACCACCAUCAGAACCUGCGCCUGAACCCAAAAAGACGCCUGAGAAGGCAGCCGAAAAGAAGGUUGAAACCGAGAAGUAUACUGAAAACGCUGUUGAACAGGUCGCUGAAAAGGAAAUCGUCCCAGAAAAGUCCGUUGAAAAGCCAACCGAAGUCUCUGUUGAAAAACCUGUGGAAACAUCUGCUGAGAAACCCAUCGACGCCGUCGUUGAAAACAACUCUGAGAAGCCCCUGGAGCAAUUAGUCGAGAAGUUUGCAGAGAAUUCUGCUGAGAAGGCCGCCGACAAGCCUGUGGAUCAGCCCGCCGAAGUGCCUCCUGCGCCUGACGCUGAAAUGAAUGUAGAUCCUGCGAUCAAUCUCAGCCUUCCUGAGCCGCAACCGAAAACUGAGGAGAUGGAUGUUGAUGAACCGGCUCCGCUUCACUCUGCACCUUCUCCCCCGGCACCUGAGCAGGGAAAAGAGAAGGACCAGGAUGCUGCGAUGGAGGACGCCGGCCCUGAGACGGCAUCUGCGGAAUCGGCUGUUAACCGUGGAGAGUCUAAGCAAACAACUAUCAGUGGCCAACCCCUGAUUCUCCAGCCUCCAAGCAUGCCGAUCGAGACCAUUGAGGGCGACAAGGUUCCCCCAAGCACGCCGUCGCAAAUGGAAGAUGACGAGGACGACAACUCGACCGAAUCGGAAGAUGCUGAUGUCAUGCUCAUUGACACAAUUCGUCAGUACUCGGCGACACCACCGAUUAAUAGCCUUCCGGACUUUGGUUGCCGCCCCUGGCAUCGAGACAGGGAUUUUUUGCAAUCUCUUGAAUCUGACCCUAUGAUCGAUAACUUCAUUCUGGAACAGCUUGACAAAAUCUCAUUAGAGAAGAUAGCCGGGCAAGAAGAAGCACGCAAGGAUUAUGCCGACAACUAUGUCAAGUACCUUGACUUCACUGUAUCCAACGAUCCAAUCGCCAUCAAGAGCCGAGAAACUUUCAUUAGCUGUUUGCCAAUGCCAGAAAAACAUAUUCCUAUUCCUCCGCCGCCGGAACUCAAGCCAGAAGGUAGAGGUGCGGGCAGAAGGUAUGCGAGCGAGCGAGAUCUGGAAAGGGUUUUGCAAGCCUCCAUGAGGGAGGACGAGGAACGCAAGGAGAGAGAGCAGCGUGCCAUGCAAGAGAAGUAUCGCAGCGAAAAGGAGGCAGUCAUACCCGAAAUGUACUGGACUCAAGAGGACAGAGAUGCCGAAUUUUUCAAAGACACUACAGGAUUCACGCCUGUCGAGAAGCUCGUGCCAGCCUGGCAGAUUCUACCACCCAUUAACAACUUUACGCCGGAGGAAGCAGAGCUUUUUGAGAAGAGAUAUCUCACCAACCCUAAGCAAUGGGGUGUGGUUGCUGAAAACGUGCCAAAGCGCAACUUUGGCACCUGCAUUCAGUACUACUACUUGAUGAAGAAGGAACUUAAUCUGAAAGACAAACUGAAGAAGCAACCUAAGCGUCGUAAGAAGGGCAGGGGUAAAACUCGUUCCAGUGCCCUCGUUUCUGAGCUCGGCAACGCCGAAAAUGAAGGCGAGGAGAACCAGGAGAACGGCGAGAACGGAGAGAGGAGAAGACCCCGCCGCGCUGCCGCUCCGACUUGGGGUUUCGAGCAGCCACCUACGGAUUCCGAGAACGUUACUCCCAUCGGCACGCCUGGCCGCCGUGGUGCUAAGGCAGACCCCGACAAGCCUGACGGCAGGAAAAGGGGAAGGAGAGCAGCGAAGGAUAAGGAGCCCAAGGCCGCCAAACCUCAACAGACUCUUGCAGCUGCGCCGACGCCAACCUCGGGCAAGGGUCGGUCCCGGUCCAAUUCGAGGGUUCAGAAUACUGAAGCCCAAUCGUCAACACCUGCACCACCAGAAAAUCGACUGCCAGCGCAAUUCGAGGCCCCCGCAGCUGGCAUACAGCCUCCUUUUGCGGCGGCCCAGCAGCCCCCGCUGACCGUUCAAGAGCGACCUGUUUCCGUAACCCCGUCAGCGAUAUCCGAAGUGAUGGCGCCUCCGUCACUGCGGCCGGAACCACCACCGCCGCCUGCUCAACCGACUAUCGCCACGUUCGACAUCGCCCAACCGCAACCCGAGCGCCGCCCUCCCAGCACAGCAUCAAGCUAUUGGAGUGUGUCUGAAGCAAAUGAUUUCCCAGGUCUGCUCAAGUCUUUCGGAACAGACUGGCCAGCCAUUGCCGCACACAUGGGUUCGAAGACAGCUGUCAUGGUCAAGAACUACUUUGUUCGACAGAGAGACCAGGGCAAGAGCGACUGGGAACAAUUUGCCAAUGAUGCGGAUGCGAAGCGAGCCAGGGGAGAAAAGUUGCCCGACCCUCCGCCACCGACUGUUGGAGGGCGCAAGAAGUACGAUGCCACCCCUGGGGGGUCUCAUCGUGCUAUUGCGUCCGCGCCUGCUGUACCAGUCCCGCCUGUUGUUCCUGUAGCGUCGGUAACACCAGCUGCAUCUGCAGCGCCCCCGGCAGCCGUCCCGGCUGAUCCGCCCAGCGAAGCCGUUACGCCCAAAGCCGAGUCAGCUGCUCAGUCGCCCGCCAACCCACCUUUCGGACGCUUCCCUGUUCCUGUUACUGCGACGCCUCCGGCGCAACAACCGCAGCAGCAGCAGCAGCAGCAGCACCAACCCUCGGUGCAGGCACCCGCAUCUACCCAAGGCACCCCGUUGGCACCCUCUCAAGCCCCGCAGGUGCCGGUAGUUGUUCAGCAGCCACAUCCUGCUACCCAGCCAGUUGUUACGCAAUCUGGGUCGCCCAGCACCCGCCCUGUCAGAGCUCCUCAACCGCAAGGCUUUGGCUUCCAAGAGAGAGAACGCGAAUCAACCCAACCGCCUCAACCAGUCAGAAUUUCUCAAAAACCAGCUGCAACCCCAGUUACCGAGCCUGUCCAGCCGCGUCCUCUCGCUGCCGCCCAGCCCAUCCAGCCUGCGCAACCUGAAGCCCAGAUUGACCGACAACAGGCUGAAAGACAACAGCAUUUGGAGAGACAGGCCAUCGAAAGACAACAGAUAGAGAGGCAGCAGAUGGAGCGUCAAAGGAUAGAACAGCAGCAGCAUAUAGAGCGGCAGCAACUUGAGAGGCAGCAAAUUGAGAGACAGCAGAUGGAACGUCAACAGAUGGAGCGACAGCAACUUGAGCGGCAGGCACUGGAAAGACAACAGAUCGAGCGGCAACAGAUGGAGAGGCAGCAGAUUGAACGUCAGCAGAUCGAGCGGCAACAGGCUGAGCGACAACAAAUGGAGAGGCAACAGAUGGAAAGACAGAAGAUGGAGGCACAGCAAUCCAAGGAGCAUCUGCGGCCAACGGAACGUACACGGAUGAAGCAGGAGCCAGAGAUGACAACACCUCACCACCAUUAUGAGCCUUUCUCUUUUGGUCAACAACCGGUUCGAAGUGUACCACCACCUCGAUCAGAACCUCCUCCGGUUGCACCAAGGCAGCCCGCAGAACCGCCUCGUGGUGCACCCACCCCAGUCCCUCAAGCAUACGGCCAGCCAAUGCCGCAGCCAGCCAGCCGUGGCUUGCUUGGAGACCCUCAACAGACUGUCUCGACACCACCUGGCCAGCGGCCGAUUGCCAGCGCCCAGAGGCCUAUGCCUACUCACAUGGAUUCGUAUGGCACUCCCCCUCAACAACCGCAACCGCCAGCAGCUGCGGCGCCUCCUCCCGCCCGCCCGGCACCGUCGGAGCGCAAGACAUCCAACUUGAUGGCGCUGCUGAACGAUGAUCCACCAGCUGCCGCUGCCGCUCCUGUGUCCACUCCUCAACCUAAGCGUGUCAACGAUGUGGCCCAAGUUAAGCCGUCACCUACGCCUCCACCUCAGAGCAUGUCAAGAGGACCCGCGCCGCCGCCCGCACCAACGCCGCUGCGACCGGAGAGAGAGCCCCCUCAGGGAUAUUUUGGCCGGAAUGCUCCCCCAUCUGCAUCCGCUAUGCCUCCUUUGAAGCCUACAUACACCGCUUCGCCACAGGCACAGCAUAUGAGUGCGCCGAGAUCAGCAAUGGCUUCUCCCCACGAUGCGGCAAACGCAGUGGAGCGUGACUACUACCGCCACCAAUACCAGCAUCAACCACCGCCUGCAACGAACUCGCCCCAGAUUGCACAGCCUUACCCGCCACAGUCACAACCUCCGAGAGACCCUUACCAACCCCAGACGGGAUAUCCUGCAUACGGAGCUCCUGCGGCUCACGCCGGCUCACCACCUCCGCAAUAUGCAGUUCAUCAGUCGGCGUCCAGAAGGGAGCCGCCACCCCCGCAAGGCCGGGACAAUGCCUGGCCCACCGGGCCUCAGGGCCAUGCAAUGGGACAGCCGCAGCAGCCUCAGCAGCCCCAGUCCGCUUGGCCGCCGUCACACGCACCUCCACCAAAGCAAGCUCAACAGGCGCCGCCUCCUCAAUCGACCUGGGCUUCUCCACGCACAGCUGCCCAGAAGAUACCCCCAGCGGCCGGCAUGCCGCAACAAUCAUGGGCCUCUGCUCCACCUCAGCAGCAGCAACAACAACCACCACCGCCACCCCCACCACAGCAUCAUCAUAUGUCAAUGCGAGACGACAGAGGCGCUUCUAUGUACGGCCAGCCCCCGCCUCAGCAUCAGCACGCGAUGCAGGGCCGUUACCCACCUCCUGUCUCCCGGGCACCUGAGCCGAUGCCACCUCAGGCGCAGCAGGCGUACCCGCCGAGGUACGCUUCAACACCGGCACCAAGAGAUCCACGGGAUCAAAUGCCACCACGCAGCUACACGCCUGUUGGUUACGAUGCUCGCGGUCCACCUCCUGGACCCUACGCUCCUGAUCCUAGAGAGAUGCAAAUGCGCGAGAUGGGUCGUGACCCCAGAGAUCCAAGAGAUCCUCGGGAGUUGCAGCAGCAGGCAAUGCUUCAGCGCCAGCUGCGUCCACAUGAUGGCUACGAAAGGCAACCUGAUCGGUACGGUCGCUAG